GUUAAUGGCAGAAACCUCCUUUCAGUUGACUUUGAUCGAACCACAAAGACGGAAAAGAUCUACGACGACCACCGUAAAUUUCUGCUGAGGAUUGCCUACGACACGUCGGGGCACCCCACCCUGUGGCUCCCCAGCAGCAAGCUGAUGGCCGUCAACGUCACCUACUCGUCCACAGGUCAAAUAGGCAGCAUACAGCGAGGGACGACUAGUGAGAAAAUAGAGUAUGAUGGACAGGGAAGGAUAGUGUCUAGGGUCUUUGCUGACGGGAAAACUUGGAGCUACACCUACCUGGAAAAGUCCAUGGUUCUUCUGCUUCAUAGCCAACGGCAGUACAUCUUCGAAUAUGACCUGUUGGAUCGGCUUUCCGCUGUCACCAUGCCCAGCGUUGCUCGUCAUACCAUGCAGACUAUCCGCUCCAUUGGCUAUUACCGGAAUAUCUACAACCCCCCGGAAAGUAAUGCCUCUGUGAUAAUGGAUUACAAUGAGGAAGGGCAGCUCCUUCAAACUGCUUUCCUGGGGACAAGCCGAAGAGUAUUAUUCAAGUACAGACGGCAGACCAAGCUCUCAGAAAUUUUAUAUGAUAGUACAAGAGUUAGUUUUACGUAUGAUGAGACAGCAGGAGUCCUGAAAACAGUAAACCUCCAAAGCGAUGGGUUCAUCUGCACCAUUAGAUACAGGCAGAUUGGCCCGUUGAUUGACAGGCAGAUUUUCCGCUUUAGCGAAGACGGAAUGGUAAAUGCCCGAUUUGACUACAGCUACGACAACAGCUUCAGAGUGACUAGCAUGCAAGGCGUCAUCAAUGAAACCCCCUUGCCCAUUGAUCUCUACCAGUUUGAUGACAUCUCUGGCAAAGUUGAACAGUUUGGAAAAUUUGGAGUUAUCUAUUAUGAUAUUAACCAGAUCAUUUCGACAGCUGUAAUGACCUACACGAAACACUUCGACGCACACGGCCGCAUCAAGGAAAUUCAGUACGAGAUAUUUCGGUCAUUGAUGUAUUGGAUUACAAUUCAGUAUGACAACAUGGGACGAGUGACAAAAAGAGAAAUUAAGAUCGGGCCGUUUGCCAACACCACGAAAUACGCUUACGAGUAUGAUGUAGACGGUCAGCUCCAGACAGUUUAUCUGAAUGAAAAAAUAAUGUGGCGGUACAACUAUGACCUGAAUGGCAACCUCCACUUGCUCAACCCCAGUAGCAGCGCCCGUUUGACGCCGCUUCGCUACGACCUGAGGGACAGAAUAACUCGGCUAGGCGACGUCCAGUACCGAUUAGAUGAAGAUGGGUUUCUGCGUCAGCGGGGUACCGAAAUCUUUGAAUACAGUUCAAAGGGCCUUCUUACCCGAGUGUAUAGCAAAGGCAGUGGGUGGACAGUGAUUUACCGUUACGAUGGCCUUGGGCGACGAGUUUCCAGUAAAACUAGCCUCGGACAGCAUCUCCAGUUUUUUUACGCAGACCUUACGUACCCAACCAGGAUAACUCACGUGUAUAACCACUCAAGUUCUGAAAUCACAUCUCUCUACUAUGAUCUACAAGGACACCUUUUUGCCAUGGAAAUCAGCAGCGGGGACGAGUUUUACAUUGCAUCAGACAAUACGGGGACACCGCUGGCUGUUUUCAGUAGCAACGGUCUCAUGCUUAAACAAAUUCAGUACACUGCGUACGGAGAGAUCUAUUUCGACUCUAACCUUGACUUCCAGCUGGUAAUAGGAUUCCACGGAGGCUUAUACGACCCACUGACCAAGCUAGUCCACUUCGGAGAAAGAGAUUAUGACAUCCUGGCAGGCCGGUGGACAACACCUGAUAUUGAAAUCUGGAAGAGAAUUGGGAAGGAUCCAGCCCCUUUUAAUUUGUACAUGUUUAGAAAUAACAACCCCGCCAGUAAAAUACACGAUGUGAAAGAUUAUAUCACAGAUGUGAACAGCUGGCUGGUGACAUUCGGCUUCCAUCUGCACAACGCCAUUCCUGGUUUCCCUGUUCCGAAAUUUGAUUUAACAGAACCUUCGUAUGAACUUGUGAAGAGCCAGCAAUGGGAGGACAUACCACCAAUUUCUGGAGUGCAACAACAAGUGGCGAGACAAGCAAAGGCUUUUCUUUCCCUGGGAAAGAUGGCAGAAGUGCAGGUCAGCAGACGGAAAUCCAGCGGAGAGAAGUCGUGGCUGUGGUUUGCUACAGUGAAGUCUCUGAUCGGGAAAGGGGUGAUGCUCGCUGUCAACCAAGGCAGAGUGCAGACAAACGUGCUCAACAUUGCGAAUGAGGACUGCAUUAAAGUGGCAGCUGUUCUGAACAAUGCCUACUACCUAGAAAACUUGCAUUUCACCGUUGAGGGAAAGGACACGCACUAUUUUAUCAAGACCACCUCCCCGGAGAGUGACCUUGGGACGCUGAGGCUGACAAGUGGGCGGAAGGCCCUGGAGAACGGCAUCAACGUCACGGUUUCCCAGUCCACCACUGUGGUCAACGGCAGGACUCGUAGGUUUGCCGACGUUGAAAUGCAGUAUGGUGCUUUAGCGCUCCACGUCCGCUACGGCAUGACGCUUGACGAGGAGAAGGCCCGAAUACUGGAGCAAGCCAGGCAACGAGCUCUUUCCAGCGCCUGGGCCCGAGAACAACAGAGAGUGAGAGAUGGAGAGGAAGGCGCCAGGUUGUGGACAGAAGGAGAAAAGAGGCAGUUGCUAAGUGCUGGGAAGGUACAAGGCUACGAUGGGUACUAUGUACUCUCUGUGGAGCAAUAUCCAGAAUUAGCAGACAGCGCUAACAAUAUACAGUUCCUCAGACAAAGUGAGAUAGGAAAGAGGUAACACACUGGCUUAGCUCAGGCUGCCAAAGAGACUCUGUCCCAGUGUCUUCUAAAAAGGAGACCAAACUGUUUUGCUGCAUUACUACUUGAGCCUAAGCUUACACCUUUGCUCAGAUUUUUUCUGUGGCACAAUCCGAACAGACUCUGUAUGGAAAAGAGCGCCUUCCAGAAGAAUGAUACUGCGAAUGACAAAACGUUUUGGUUGGUUGGGUUUGGUUUUUUUUUUUCCUCAAUGACCUUAAAGGUGAUCUGCUUUAAAGAAUAUGUUUACAUAUGCAUAUCGCUGCACUCGAGUCGGACUGAAAAGUGUUUAAAAAAAAAAAAAGAAGAAAAUAGAGAAGAAAAAGGCCUACAGGUUUUGCAACAGGCUGUCUGUUCUGUUGAGGCACUGUAUUUAAUUAAGACACAGACCCAUACAGUGUUUCCAAAUAUUACCGAAUUGUUGACCUUUGCUUAUGAGAAGUAGUCUCUCUCUCUCUCUCUCCCUCUCUCUCACUGCAUAGGACGUGGUAUAUUAUCUGUUAAUUUUAAAAUGUGGGGCAAAAAUUACUGUUUAUAGACAACCCAACUGCUUUAAACUGUGCUGCUUUCUAAAAGGACAUUGGCACAAGUGACUUAUGCUACCAUGGGAAUUUAAUAAUGGAUUUUACAGUGCUAACAUGGUUUGCCUCGGGGGGAAAACGGCAAGUAGAAUCCUUGUUGCAGAUAAGCAAAGGAAACCCUGAUUUUUUUGUAAAUUAUGUGAGACAAGUUGUUUAUGGAUUUUUAUAUGAAUUACGAUUUACUGUACAUCAAAUAUUAGUCUCAGAGGAGUUAAUUUAUGUAAAGUGUUUAAAAAAGUUUAUACUUAAAAAUAAAACGAUAAAAACA